AUGAAUAAGAAGACUCCUAUUUCGGUUGUGACUGAUGGGGACAAAGCAAUGAGUGCAGCUAUUAAAAGUGUUUUUCCAGAGUCUCGACAUCGUUUAUGUGUGUGGCAUCUUGAUAGGAAUGCUUUUGCAAAUCUACCAAAUACGGAAGCAUAUCAAAGUUUUAUCACGUGUAUGGUACGAUAUGUUACACCAGAUGAAUUUGAAGACAUGUGGAAGAAAAUGGUUGACAAACACAAUUUACAUAACCAUGAAUGGUUGCAUGAAAUGUAUGCAAAAAAAAGGAAAUGGGCAGAAGCUUACAUGAGAGGUCAUUUUUUUUCCGGCUGCAGGAGUACACAACGUUGUGAAGCCAUGAAUGCAUUCUUUAAUAGAUACAUGAAUAGAAAGACUAGGCUUUAUCAGUUGUUCCAACAAGUUGAUAGAGCACUUACAUGUAUUAGACACAAUGAGAUGGGGGCAGAUUUUAGUUCAAAUUAUACUGAACCUAUUCUGAUUAGUAAGUUAGUUAAAAUUGAGAAGCAUGCUGCUAAUAUAUUGACAAGGGAGAUGUUCAGUAUGGUUCAGGAAGAAAUAAUGAAUGAACAAACAUUCAUUGUGCUUGAUAGCAUAGAGAGUGAAGGUUAUCGCACCUAUACCUUAACUCAAUAUGAAUGUCCUAACUCAAAAUGGGAGGUUGUGUAUUAUCCAAAAGAUCAACAUAUGAAGUGCUCAUGUUUGCUAUUUGAAUCGUAUGGAUAUCCUUGUGCGCACUUAUUUGCUAUUAUAAAGGCUGAACAUUUGAAACAGAUUCCACCGUCAUGUAUAUUGAAGAGAUGGCUAAAAAUUGCAAAGUCUGACCUAUCUGACAAACAUGAAUCCCAAAUUUCUCCGGACGUCAUAAGUAUGGCACGGUUUAGUGCAUUAUCUUUCAGUUGUAGUCAGAUGUGUUUCUUUGCCUCAAGAACAAAAGAAGGCUUUGAAGAAUUGAAGGUUGAAAUAGCAAGCUAUUGUAAAGACUAA